UAGGAUCCGAGUAGCUAGCUAGCUAGGUUUGGAGCUUAUAUUAAUUAGAUUAGAUCGAACUAACAGUAGUAGUAUAUUAUCUGAUCUGAUCAAUCCUAUAUAUCUGUGGAUCUGAGGAUGAAUAUAAUGGAGAAGCAGGAGGUGGCGAGGUUAGGUCAUCUGCUGGUAACAGUAUUUUUGUCAGAGUUUGCGUCUUUCACGGCCACGCCAGUGUUGCCGGAUAUCACCAUGGAAGCCAUCUGCCCCGCCCAAGAUCAGUGCGCUCGCGCUAUCUUCCUUUCCGGUUUCCAACAGGCUGUGACAGGCGUUGGAUUAGUGGUGAUGAUGCCACUGAUAGGGAAUCUGUCGGACGUGUAUGGAAGGAAAGCUUUGCUGACGCUUCCUAUGAUACUGUCUAUUAUACCUUUUGCAAUUUUGGCUUUUGGGAGGACAACUUACUUUUACUACACAUACUACGUCCUCAGGACUAUAACUGGCAUGGUCUCCGAUGGCGGUAUUCAAUGCAUGGCUCUUGCUUAUGUGGCAGACAAUACAUCGGAGGGAAAGCGUGCAUCUGCUAUUGGAAUUUUGGCUGGUGUAGGAUCUGCAGCAUUUGUGUGUGGUACCUUAGCUGCUCGCUUCAUCUCAACUUCUCACAUAUUUCUGGUUGCAACAGUUUUAGCAAUAGUGGCAGCUGUGUAUAUGAGAAUUUUUCUUAAAGACACAACAACAACAACGUUCAAAACUGAAGAAGCAACCGAUGAAAAUGUUCCGUUGUUGGAUUCUUACCGUCAAGAUAAGACCACUGACGAGGUUUUCAAGAAUGCUCCAUCCCCCAAGGACAUUAUUUGCUUUCUCAACAACACUAGUUUAACAUUUUCACUGGUGGCAUCCAUUGCAUUCUUAAACAGUCUGGCAGAAGGAGGAGAACAAGCUCCAUUUCAGUACUACCUAAAAGCACGGUUUCACUUCAACAAAGACAACUUUGCUGAUAUAAUGCUAAUUAACAAUGUUGGAUCAACUAUUUCUCAGCUAUUACUGAUGCCCACAGUGGCGCCUUUUGUUGGAGAGGAGAUUUUGCUUUGCAUAGGACUGAUUGCUGGAUUCUGUAACAUGUUUGUGAACAGCAUUGCCUGGUCUAUUUGGGUCCCUUAUGUGGCUUCUCUGUUCCCAAUCUUGAUUUCAUUCGUAAAACCUGCUAUUCAAAGCAUUGUUUCAAAACAAGUUGGGCGAAAUGAGCAGGGAACUGCACAAGGCUGCCUUUCAGGAUUGAGUUCUUUUGGGAAUAUCAUAUCUCCACUCAUAUAUAGCCCCUUGACAGCUUUGUUCCUAUCUGAUGCGGCUCCUCUUCCUUAUCAAGGCUUUAGUAUUUUAUGCGUUGGCAUUGCUUGGCUCAUAGCUUUCAUUCCGGGUGUCGUAAUAAUAAUAAUGUCAAGAUCUAAAGCAACCAUUGAGGGCCCCCGAUCACCUGUUGCACCACCAUGAGAUGAGAAGAGAAGAGAAGAUCAGAGACGCAAGUUUAGCAGUUGGCAUCCGCUGUAUGUAAUACUACUUUUAUCAAUUCAAGGGUGUAUUGUCCAUGUAGGCCGGUGUUGUUAUUAAUUGGACCCGGACCCGGACCCUUCCUUCCAACUUCCAAUUCCAAUCACAAAUAAUGUCAAA